GGGAAUCUCGCGUUCGUUAUUAAAAUUUUCAAUUUUAACGUUUUUAGCUUUAAUAAGUAAUUCUGCUGACUGUGUACUAUUUAGCACAGUGAAUAAUAAUAUCAUAAUUAUUUAUAUAGGUGUUCAAUGUACGUACUCUUAUUAACCACCUUGCGUUUUCAUCUGUUCUACGACACAAGUGUGUAUUACCUAUUAAGUUCGUAAACUUCGUGUUUGUGAUGAGAUGACUAGUGCGACGGAAAACAUUCAGAUAGACAACGACGCGACGGUGGCGCUCGUUUCAAUAGUCUGUAAUUGCAACCGUCAAUGGUGUCAUUGUGGUAUGGACGGCGACGUCCGUUUUCAUCAACAUCACUUUUGCCGUUUGUCCUAGGAUUUGCAGUUGGAGCUUUAUUGGCAUACUUAUUAUUCACUAUUACCACCCAAGACAAUAAUGUCAAAAACGUAUUAACAAAACUCAAGUUUAAUAAACAACGGCAAUACCAUCGUGUAAAUUUAGCUAAAACCAGAAUACCAUCUACACACUUUAAAAAUGUGUCUUUGUUGUGUUUGAUAUUAAUUCAGGAUACAGAUGACGUUCUUGCUCAGCGUAAUGCAUGGCGUGAAGACAACAGAUGUAAUAAAAUAGUGUACAUGGGUCGAAAGAACCUUUAUUUGACUGAGGACAGUGUUGACUGGCUUUUCACCACAGAUAAAGAAGUGCGAUGGCGACGUUACUGUCAUGCUCUUAAAACCAUAUAUAGAGGAUAUUCAGGACAGUACCGAUGGUUGUUUGUUACAGUAGAUCAAACAUGGCUAAUUCACAAUAACAUUAUACGUUUAAUCAAUGCUCUGGAUACUGAAGGCAAGCUACCAUACUAUACAGGCAUGUAUAUAACAGACAAAGAAGGCAGAAAAUUGUUGGACGCGAACUCUAGCCUUUUGUUAAGUUGGACUGCUCUCCAGCUCUUGGUUCACAUUAUUGGUACUUCUUGUGAUGAAGGUGAUAGUAAUAACGUAAACAAAAUGCUUGAUGGUUACUUGCAAAGUCUUGAUGACUCUUUAAUGGCUGUUGAAAAUAUGGAUGAAAAUGGAUGUACUUUAUUCCAUAAUCUUCGUCUAAACAGAAUAUUUGAUCCUACAAGAGUCAGAUUCAAGGAAGAGAAAUGUAUAAGUAACCAUGCAGUAACAUUCGGUAUGGAUCCAAUAGGCUUACAAAUGUUCUAUUUAUAUUCUUCUCGCCAUCUUCGAGUCGUAGGAAUUUCAGAUCUAAAUGUUACUAAUAUAUUACCAUCACAGGGCGAUGACAAUGAAUGGCUUGCAGAAGCGAGGUAUGAACUACAGGAUGGACCUGUACAAGCAGAUAUAGAGCAAGAGGAAUUUAAUGCCCGUUGGGUAGAGAAACGCAAGAUUAUAUUAUAAAAAAUAAUUAAGCACACUAUACUACUCUGUUCCAAAAGACAACAAAAUACUAGGCAUCAACCUCUUUUUGUUGGGCAUUGCGCAUCUCCCUGCAAGCGUCUGACCGCAAUGAGUUUCGGUUGGGUUCAAAAUUGACUUCAAAACAGCAGUCAGUUGUAAUGCGCAGAACUGGUAUAUUCUCUUGAACCAGAGUAUACAUCUUGGAAACUACAGGGUAUUAAUUAAUAGUAUACUCAAAGAUUUACUCCUUUUGAAGGUGUUUGUACUUAAUUUUCAAAGCAUAUCAUUUACAUUUUAUUAAUUUUAUGUUAAAGCAUAAUAUGGUGAUUUGUUUUUUAGGUUACAUUUUUUUAAAUAGAUUAUUAUUACAGAUUAUUUGAACUUUUUUUUUUAUUUUU